AUGGCAUCCGUGAAGGCGUACGUGCUGCUGUUCACGGCCUUCUUCUUCUCCGGGCUCAUGCAGCUGUCCAUGGCGCAGGACAAGCAGCCGGCGGCAGCGCGGGUGAUUGACGCAAAAGGGAUAGAUCAGGCGAUCGCGUACCUGCUCAUGUUCGCUGCGCUCUUCGUCACCUAUUUCGCGCACUGA